AUGGCGACCACUUUGACUGACGAUAAAUCUCCUCAAUUACAGCCCGUCUGUCAGAAUUGUGGUACCUCCACCACCCCCCUCUGGCGCCGGGACGAACUCGGCUCCGUCCUCUGCAAUGCCUGUGGCUUGUUCCUCAAACUUCACGGGCGACCUCGCCCGAUAAGCCUGAAGACCGAUGUGAUCAAGAGUCGCAACCGUGUGAAGACCGGUCAGGGCCCCAAACGCAAGUCUGGCGGCCCCAUCGACCCCAACGGUCUAUCAGGUCAAGCCGACGUUGGAGCGCAUUCCCUAGGAUCGCAUGGAUACCGUCGCGCGUCGCGUAAAAUGUCUCCGGGCCACUCGGACCGCUCAAAUUCGCCCUUGUCGCGCACCGAGACACCUGGGUUUGGAUCAAUGCAGGCACACAACUCGAAUAUCGCACCACAACACAUGUUCGACAGCGUUACGCGUGGUGACAAUGCCGGUCUUCCUUCUCUCCCAAUGCGCCAGCCUUCUCCCUCGGCUGUCGAUCGCCAACUUGAUUCCUCCCACACCUACGAGAGUCUCCUGGCUCUCAACACGUCCCUGAAGACACGCGUUAGUGAAUUGGACCUGAUCAACGAAUUGUUCCGCGGCCGUGUCGCCGAGCUCGAGCAGAGUGACGCCAGCGCCCGUCGCUCGGAGAUGAUCGCCCGCGACUCCGAAGCCCGCCUGCGCCGGUCUCUGGAGGAGUCGCAGCGCCGCGAAGAAGAUCUCAAGCGACAUCUUAGCGAACUUGAGCACCAGUUCGGCACAACUGGCUCUUUGGACCUGGAUAGCUCAGAACCUCAAGCCAAGCGCAUUCGACUCUCAGAUAUGGUGGAACAAUCGUCCGAGGAGCCCCAGCCCCCAUCGCAAGCGAAGUCUCCGAGUAACGCUUAG